AUGCCUCAAGGCCGCUCCGAAAACUCAAAGUACUCUCAGCAAGCACCGAGCAGCGAUGACGCCGGCAUAAUGACCGUGGUUGCACAGCAAAUGCAAAACUCAUGGGAAAAGAAAAGAAAAGAAAAAGAAGCAAAAUACUUCCAGGAGGCGCAAGCAUUGCUGACUAAAUGCAUUGCGCAGAGAACAGAAGAGUUCACAGAGGCAGCGGAAGAACUGGACGACAAAUACGAGAAAUUCGUCCUGGAAUACGCUAGUGUCGAGGACGAGAUCCGGAACCUGUGGACACAAUUGCUCAAAGAGCAGCAGAAGCUUCUGCUACUCGCCGAACAGAAACAUCAGGGUGUACGAGAAGGCGAGAAGGAGCGCGAGCGCGGACAGGUCCAGGGGAUGGCGAUUGCUAAAAAAGCGAUGGAAGAUUGCAGCCGUCUUGUGACCACACUCCGGCAUCCCGAGUAGCGGUGCCCGCAGCCGGAUGCGUAGAUGUAGAGACAUAUCCGUUGCGUUGUAGCCGAUAGCACAUCCAGAGGUUCGCGAGCUCAGAAUUGGCACCGAG